GUUUCCUGGUUGUGAGUCGUUCUGCCUGCUUUUGCAGUGCUGAAGUCUUUCGCUUGUCAAAUCAAGUUGCGACUAACAUUUUGACUUCACAGUUCAGGGUCGCGAGUGGAGUAUCCUGGAAUGAUGGAACCCUGCUGUCGCGUGUUUGCAAAUAUGUAGGGGAUUGCACGCAGCUCGGACUGAAGUAACGACGUUGCACUCAACGUCGCGGUCAUGGAGACACAGCAGCUAAGGGAAGGCAUCGACGCGCUAUUCCCAGACGGCGAGCACCUGCCGCCUGCAGCCCAGCUGCGCAGAGCUAUUGCGCUGUGGCUUGCUGGAAACCCGUAUCCGGAGAUAGGGCAGUACGCGGCGCUGCUCACUCAGGGCCUAGGCAACUACCUCCGCCGGGAGCAGCGCUUGCGGGAGCUGUGGCUGGACCAGCAGUCCUCCCACGGCUUCACCACGCCGAGGGACUUAUUAAAGCACCCAGACAGCCGUGGCGUCUUCAUCUUGCAGGAGCACAGCAAGGUCCUUCGCAGCAGCUCGGUGCACCUCAACGUGCCGUUGCUGUGCAACCCACCGCCCGUCCAGCGUGUCCCCGAACUCCCGCCCUGCCACCCAACCUUCUCGACGAUUGAGGCGCUGCGCACAGCCAUCCAGGAGGCCUUCAACAGCCGCACGAAAGCUGACGGCAGUUUUGAAAACCCGGGCGGGGUGCUCAGUCACUUCAUCGGAGACUGGCUCUCGACCUGCCCUUGCGAGGACACGCUGCCGGACAGGCCCUUCGCAGCACUGCUGAGCGACGUAGAGGCCUGGCUCCGCAGCGGGGGCUGCCCCGGCUCUGAGCUCUGGACCUCCCAGGGGCACAGCUUCCCGCCGCUCCGCGACUUCCUAACGGCGCCGGAGCGCAGCGGCUGCUUCCGGGUGGUGGUGCGGGAGGGGCACAUCGGAAACGAUCUGGUGCAGUUGGAUGUGGAGGCGGUCCGGGCCAGGGCCGAGGCGGUCGCGGCAGCAGCACAGGCACCAGUGCCAGCAGCACCAACACCAGCAGGAGCCAAUGGCAGCAGCAGCGGCAAUGCCACCAUCGUCGGGGCAGCGGGCGCCAGCACCAGCACCAACGGCGCCGGCGGCAGCGCCAGCAGCAGCCGUGACGCCGUCCCGUCGGGCCCCGCUGCGGCCUCGGCAGCCGCCUCGUCAUGGGGUUCGAGCAGCGCCCGGCCCUCACCUGCUCGACAGCUGGUCGAGUCGGCGUUCCCCGUGCUUGCGGCUGCUGACGGCGACAGCUGGCAUGUCGCGGCCGACCGCCUGCGCCGCGCAAUCGCGCUAGACCUUGCGGAAGGCCUAGCGCCACAGCUCGGGCCGCACUGUGCACCACAGUUGUGGCUGCGCGACUUCAUCAAGAAGCGGGAUGUCCAGCCUCUGUGGCAGGCGGUGUCCGGCCGCUGUAAGGACGUGUGUGAACUUCUUGUGGCCCCGGAGAGUCGCGGCGUGUUCCGAUUGCAGGGCUUGCCACUUUACCCUUCCGGCGUGGUGUUCUUAGAUAUGGAGGCGCUGGCGCGCCGAGCAGCGGCGCCGCCGCAGCCGCAGCCCGGGCCAGCCUCUCAGCAGCCGGCGGCGCCGCAGCAGCCACCAGCACCGCAGCCUGCACCGCAUGGACAGACACACCAGCACACCCCGUCGCAGCAGCGGCAGCUGCAGCAGUUAGAGCUCCUGGCCGCGGUGGGCAAUAGCAGUGCUGCCAUGGUUACGGCUCCUAGCAGCAGCGCGGCGCCAGCUGGCAAGCACAGACCAGCGGAGAUUGGGCUCGCAGCGGCUGCGGCCUGGCCGGGCGACUCGCCGCAGUGCGUGCUUCGCCGCUACGCGGCGGCGGAGCUGGCUGCGGCUGGGCCUUGCGCGGAAGCGGGCGGCUGGGAGUACGCGAUGGCUGUGGUCAACGUGGCCAGGCUGCUGCAAAGCACGCAGCACGCUGCCGUGAUGCAGUUGCAAUCAAACAUGGGCGGUCGGCUGCACUGGCCCGUGCUGCUCACGUCCAAUGGCGGCGCCGACCUCAUGCCGCUGCGCGAGGCGGAGCAGGCCAUUACGCCGCUGGAGGCUGUAGCAGCUACGGGUGACUGCUACAGCCAUCACCUGCUGCGUCUCGUUUAUGGCGAUGGCGAUGCAGCAGUGCUGCUGAACGUGCCGGAGCUGAUGCGGAGGCACGGCGGCAGCGCAGGCGAAGGCGCAGGAGCUGGCGGCUCCGGCAGCGGCCGCCUCCUCGUAGCGGGCCGGGCCGCUCGUGGCGCGGGCGAGACCGACGUCAGUUGGCAUCCGCAGCAGCCAGGCUCGACCCACAUAGCGGCGGCCCCGACCAUCGUUGUUCCGGGCCGCGCGGGCCGGCUGCCGGAUGUCCGCAUGACAGAAGCUGCUGGGUCUGGCGGCGGCGGUGGAGGCGCCGGCGGCAGCACGGCGGGCGGUGGCGCCGACCGCAGCAGGCGCGAGGCUGCGGCCCCCGGUGGUCACUCCGGGGACGGCGCUCAUGCACGCCACUGGUGGCAACAGCCCAACGGCGCGGCUGGUGCUACGGACACGGCGCGUCGACCGCCGUUGGAGGCGGAGGUGAAGUUCGACGCUCGCGUUGAGUCGGCCCUGGGCCUCACGUUCCGGGCGGCUGCAGGAGCGGAGCCAGACGCCGAGGUCCUGCGGUGUGUGGCACGGUUGCUCCUGCAGGCACCGCCGCCGCACACCCUCACCUUUCCGUACUUGGGGCUCAAGGUUGCACAGCAGCUGGGGCGGCCAUGCCCGGGGCUGCGACACAUGUGCUCCCAGAGGCCAGACGUGUUUGCCUUAGAGCUGGAGGGCACCAUCGCCAUCAGGGUGCAACUCGUGUGCGAUCGGCUGCUGCGCCUUGCCCCGUCGCCCCGGCAGCAGCAGUCCCCUUCUCGGCGCCCGGCGCUGCAGCAUUCGCAGCAGGCCGGUGCUGGCAGCGGCGCGCACACCAGCCGCAUCACCGGCGCCGCGCCUCCCAAGCAGGAUGGCGCUGGGACCGUGGCCAACGCAGUCCCAGACCCCGACGCAGGACCAUCAGCGCCCGCCGCCGCGCCGGCGCCAGCACAGCCCCGCAACCGGACGGCGGCUGCCCCCAGGGCGGCCGCAGGCCCUGCACAGCGGCCCGCCGCUGCCCGCACGCUGGACCAUGCAUCAGCCGCGGAGCUCAUCUGCUUGGCCUUCCCGCUGCGUGAUGAUGGUGGCGGGGGCCGGUGGACGGUGCUCACUGCGGACCAGGCAGCGCUGCAGUUGCGGCAGACCGUCGCCUUCUGGCUCCUCAGCAACCCCGAGCUCAGCGAGCUGGGCCCGAGGCGUGCGACGGUCAGCGCGCUAUCCAAGCACCUGACGAAGCGGCACAAGGGCGUGUGGCGGAACCCCGCGUACGGCUUCCCCAGCCUGCAUGACUUUCUGCAGUCACCCGACAGCCACGGCGUGUUCGCGUUGUAUGCCCACGGCAGCCCUGGUGAGCCUGUGGUAGAGCUUGACGCGGUAGCGCUGCGCCGGGCGGUGGUGGCGGGCAGCGGGCAGCACCCGGAGAACGGCCUUGCGGCGGGCGCAGAGGGCACAGCGGGGGCCAGGGCGCAGGAGCGCGGGCGGCAGAGGGGCAGCACGCAGGCUGCGGCGGCUGAGGGCGCAGCGGCAGCUGGGAAUGGCGCGGCGGGCACUGCGCACAACAGCGGCAGUGACUGCGGCACCGGCAAGCGCAGCUCCAUCGGCAAGCGUAGAAGCUCCAGCCCCACAGGAGCUGCUGGCAUCAGCACUGCCGCGGGCGCGCUCAACGCACCGCUGGUAGGCGCAGGGGCGGGCGCAGGCGCGGCCGCAGGGGCGCGCGCAGGCGCGGACGGUAGGGCAGCGGGGGCUGCGGCUGCCUCUGCUCCGCUGGAAGAAUCCACGGCCGCGCUCGUCCGCGCGGCCUUCCCGCUGCAGCUCGUCGGCAACACGCCGGCACCGGAUCAGCCGGCGCGGCAGCUGCGGCAGGCCAUCGCGACGUGGCUCGCAGGCAACCCAUACGCGAGCGAGCUGGGGCCUCGGCGUGCAAGCCUGAGGUCGCUCGGGAUAUACCUGCGGGAGGUGUGCACAGAUCUGUGGAGGAAUCGCGCCCAUCGCUUCCCGAAGAUCGUGGAGUUCCUGCGGUCUCCCCACAGUCGUGGCGUGUUCCUCCUUUUCGAGAAGGGACGCGAUACGCCGCACCUGCACGUGGAGCUGGAUAUUGUGGCGCUCUUGCACGCGGCGGCCGCGGAGGCGGCGGAGAUGGGGCUGGUCGAGGGGGCAGACUCACAGAAUGGCGGUGACGGCGCCACCGCCGUGACGGUUGGCGCGGGGCGGGAGCCUGCUGCCGGUGCCGCAGCGACAGCGGCUGAGGCGCCGGCGCCGGCAGGCGCGCCUGCGGCAACGCCUGUGGGCAAUGAGCUUGAGGCCCCUGCUGCGCGCGCAGUGCCGGUGCGGCCCCUGCAGCUGCUGCAGCACCUGCAACAACCGCACGCCAGCCUGCCCGUGGUCGCCGGCAGCGUGCCCCCGGAGCCAGCGCAGCUCGGCCCCAGUCCCGUUGGACCGGCGCUGGCUGGCGCAGCGGAGCCCGCAGCCAUGAACGGCGCCGCCGCCAGCGGCGACCCCUCGCUGCCGCGGCUGCUUGUGCCGGUGCCGGUGUCGCAGCCGGAGCCAGACUGCGGAGCCACGCCACUGGCGCCGCCGGCCACGGCACAGCCGCAGCCGCAGAGCCUGUCGUCGGUUCCUGCGCCGGCUACGUGGGUGCCGGUCUCGGUGCAUGCUGGUGCUGGUUUCUCUGCCAGGAGUGCCGGCACUGACGGGAUGUCUGAAGAGGCGGCGCCAGCCGUGGCGGUGGACCAGGUGGGGGUGGCAGCACCGGACGCGGCCUUGGGCUCUGUGUACCAGGCAGGCCCAGAGGCGUUGGAGCCGGCCGCUGCUCGAGGCUAUGUGCAGCCGCAGCAGGCAGCUCUGGACGAGCCUGCGCAGCAGCCGCUGCCGGAAGCUGGCGUGUGCGUGGUGAAUGACCCGUACGGCGAGGAGCUCAUUGCCAUGCUGCAGCACUGCGGCUGCUGCACACGCAUAGGGCUUGCGGUGCAGGUGCACGGUGGCAGGCCGGCGCUGGUCAGCGUCUACGCACCGCUGGCGCUGAUGAAGGUUAACGGGGCAGACGGACUGCUGGUGCGGUGGCCGGCUGCUGUGUACCUGGUAGAUCCGCUAGCGGCGGCCGCAUCCUACGGCGGCGGCGCGGAAGGUGAAGUUGCGGCGGCGGCGCUGCUCUGCAGCCUGCAGCCGCUGCUGGAAGCGUCAUCGAUCAGCAAAGUGAUCUACGGCGGCGGCAGCGCGCUGGCGUGCUUGGAGGAGGCGAUUGCUGUGGGCAGCGGGGACAUGUUUGCAGUGGUUCGCACCCACCCGCUCCACAACCUGCGUGUGGUUCUGAAGGGCGUACAGCUGAUGCUCGAAGUGCCGCUCGAGCCGCCCUCAAUGCCCACGCCGGCGGGGCCAAUCGUGCCCCACGGCGGCGUGGCCGCGUACCUGCCGGUAGCUGCUUCCGGUGGCGGAGGCGUCUCGUGGCUGCGCGGCCUGCAUGCGCACGUGGCCCGGCUGCGUGACGCGCUGGCGGGCACUGGGCUGUGGGCGGACCGGCCGCAGCUGCUGGCGGUGCUGGCGAGCCGGCACGCUGCGGCGCUGCGGGAGGACGCGCAGCUGGAGGAUGGGUCAGCAGGGCCCGACGAGGACGCGGCUGCCCGCGUGCUGACGCGGCCGCUGGCCCCGAGCCAACUGGAGGCGGCGGCGCGGGCGGCGCGGCACCUGCCCGAGCUGUGGGCGGCGCUGGUGCAGGAGGCGGUGCCGUGGGUGGCGGCGCAUGCGAGCACGUCGGACAUGGCUGUGCACCGAAACCUGGCUGUGUAGGCAGGUUGGCGUAGUGAGCGUGGGAGGUGCAAUCCACGUGCUAAUGCGCGCGGUCGGGUCAACAACAGAAGGGCAACGGCGAUAGCGUGCGGCGUGUCGAUGGAAUUGCAAGGAUGUGGAUGCGACUAAGGUUUGAUGUCGGUUAUGUAGUCGUGAUGUAGAUGAGAGGGACAGGCCAGGGCGGGGUUCCUGAUGUUGCGCCCCUGUCGAUUGCCCCUCGAUUCGGUGUUGUGCUGACCCGACAUAUGUGGCUGCGGACCCUGCGGUAUGCCGUAAUAGACAGCAUGCGAAUGGGUUAUAUCGCGCGUGACAUUAUCAGGGCACACGGGAUAGCAUUGAACAUUUUCUCGCGCGACAUGACAGGGCAGCUUUCAAGAUUGGGUGUCAAUAGCAACGCCAGCAGAGGCGGAGCCUACUGAUGAGCCAGGGAUUCAGCUGCCGGCAAUGAAGUAAGGUCGCACUCGCAGUGGUCAAGUGGUCAACCAAUGCCGACGAGGCACUGCAAAUAUUUCGAUGCAAUGCAAGGGGGUGGAACUGUGGGUGCGACCACGAAGCGUCCUGUGCGUUGCGUGCGGGUGAGGUAGAUUGUUUGGGAGGUAUGCGAGCGGGAAAGUUAAGGGGUGCGCGCGACAUGACGUGACAGCUUUUAAGAUAAUGUAUUAAUAGCAACGCAAGCAGAGGCAGUAGCAUGAUCUGACGGCCCAGGGGUCUUAUCUACAAGCGGACUGCAGGUAUGGAGAGAGGGCCGAUGUGUGUGUGUUUGUGUGUGUGUGGGGGGGGGGGCGGGCGCAGGGGGCUUCCAAUUAUUGCCACACGAACACACGUGUCGACGACACACGCCCAACUUGAAAGACACAAGGUGGCAU